AUGUCUUGUGACCCUAUUCAGAACGCCAAGCGCAAACGACCACUGUACGAUUCCGACGAUGGUUCGCCCAUCAGUCACCUGAAAAAAGAGACUCUCGAGAGCCCUGGAACCCGGCAGAACUCUAAACAUGUAUCCGACACCGAUGUUUGUGCACUGAAUCUGAUGUUGUUCAAAGCCAGCUUGGCUGCGUCCGACCUCCCAUUACCAAGCUAUGCCUCGGAACACACCAUAAUCUCCGUCAGAGAAGAGAUAACAACAUGUCCGGGAGAGAUCAUCGAUCUCUUGCUAAAAGACCUGUCCGCGGGAACGCUGCAGGCCAGGGAAGACGAAGCUCGGCGACUAUUGCAAUCGUUCAUUGACGAAGCAGAAAGUCUUUCUGGGGCUCAAAGUAUUGGCUCUAGCGGCUCCUCGGUUGCACGCGUAGCCAACGCUCAAGCGGAGAUUCUACUCGAGGGUGUAGACCGGGAGGCUACCUUGUCAGCAGACGAGAGCUGGGAUGAUGGCAAAUAUGGCGCAUAUAUGGACGCUGCCGAGCCUAGUCUACAGUCUGAGAAUUGGCCGCCGAGCGAUGCAGAACCGCAAACCGAGACAGGCGACAUGUAA